AGCCGCAGCUAACUUCAAGUCGGUUAUGACUAGUAAAAAUCUGUUUGUGUUGCCGACAAAAUUCAUUUUCUUUUGAAGAUAUUAAAGUAAAAACGCAAAAUGGGACAAAAUCAAUCGGCACAGGGUGGCACUGGAGACAAGAAGGAUGACAAAGACAAAAAGAAGAAAUAUGAGCCACCAAUUCCCACUCGCGUUGGCAAAAAGAAGCGUCGCGCAAAGGGUCCAGAUGCAGCCAUGAAGCUGCCACAAGUGACUCCUCAUACUCGCUGUCGCCUAAAGUUGCUCAAAUUGGAGCGCAUCAAGGAUUACUUGAUGAUGGAGGACGAGUUUAUACGCAACCAGGAACGACUCAAGCCACAAGACGAAAAGAACGAAGAAGAACGCUCGAAGGUUGAUGACUUGCGUGGCACACCAAUGUCUGUGGGCAAUUUGGAGGAGAUUAUCGAUGACAAUCAUGCAAUUGUGUCGACAUCCGUGGGCUCGGAGCACUAUGUUAGCAUUCUGUCCUUCGUUGACAAGGACCAAUUGGAGCCUGGCUGCUCUGUCCUGUUGAAUCAUAAGGUUCAUGCUGUAGUGGGUGUCCUCAGCGACGACACAGACCCCAUGGUUACGGUCAUGAAGCUAGAAAAAGCGCCACAAGAAACAUAUGCGGACAUUGGUGGGUUGGACACUCAAAUUCAGGAGAUCAAAGAAUCUGUCGAGCUUCCGCUAACUCAUCCCGAAUAUUACGAAGAAAUGGGCAUUAAACCACCAAAGGGAGUUAUUCUGUAUGGUCCCCCGGGUACGGGUAAAACGCUUCUCGCCAAGGCCGUUGCCAAUCAGACUUCAGCGACCUUCUUACGUGUCGUCGGCUCCGAGCUCAUACAAAAGUACUUGGGCGACGGACCAAAGUUGGUGCGCGAAUUGUUCCGCGUAGCAGAGGAGCACGCGCCGUCCAUUGUCUUCAUAGACGAAAUCGAUGCAGUGGGCACAAAGCGUUACGAUUCCAAUUCAGGAGGCGAGCGUGAAAUUCAGCGCACCAUGUUGGAGUUGCUGAAUCAGCUAGAUGGUUUCGAUUCUCGUGGUGAUGUCAAAGUCAUCAUGGCAACGAAUCGUAUUGAAACACUUGAUCCAGCGCUUAUACGUCCGGGACGUAUUGAUCGUAAGAUUGAGUUCCCCUUGCCCGAUGAGAAGACCAAGCGACGCAUUUUCACCAUACACACAUCGCGCAUGACACUCGCUGAGGACGUGAACCUGAAUGAGCUAAUUAUGGCAAAGGAUGAUCUUUCUGGUGCCGAUAUUAAGGCGAUUUGCACAGAAGCAGGACUGAUGGCAUUGCGCGAGCGUCGCAUGAAGGUGACCAACGAGGACUUUAAGAAAUCAAAGGAGAGCGUCUUGUACCGCAAGAAGGAAGGCACGCCCGAAGGACUGUAUUUAUAAGUCAGAUCAAUUUUUCAGUUAACAUAUAUUAUAAUUCCUAAUCACACGCAAGCAUUAAACCAGGUUAAUCUUAAUCCAUCAAA